AUGGCACCAGACGCAAAUAAUAAAAAUAGUAAUGAUGGUGAUGAAGGUGAAAAUAAGAAUAAAGCUACGACUGUUGAUAUACCAGAAAAUGCCGUUAAAACUUUAACGGUCGAAGAAAUGUAUGAUAAGGAAAAAUAUGAUUUAUCAACAAUGGAACAAGGUGAUGUAUUUAAAAUGCUUGAUGCAACUCCAGAAGGUUUAACAGAUGAAGAAGUUGCUGAACGUUUAGAAAAGUUUGGCCAUAAUAAACUUGAUCAUAAAGAAAAAAGUGCUAUUAUACAAUUUCUUCUAUUUAUGUGGAAUCCUUUAUCUUGGGUUAUGGAAAUGGCUGCUAUUGUUGCUAUUGCUGUAUCAAAUGGUGGUGGACAACCUCCAGAUUGGGAAGAUUUUGUUGGUAUUAUUUUACUUCUUCUUGCUAAUUCAAUUAUCGGUUUUAUUGAACAACGUAAUGCUGGAAAUGCUGUUAAAGCACUUAUGGAAGCUUUAGCACCGGAAGCAAAAGUUAAACGAAAUGGCGAAUGGAAAGUUAUUGAAGCAUCUGAAUUAGUUCCAGGUGAUAUUAUAAGUGUUAAAUUAGGUGAUGUUAUACCUGCUGAUGGAAGAUUAACAGCUGCACAUGGUGGAGUUUCUAUUGAUCAAGCUGCAUUAACAGGUGAAUCUUUACCUGUAAAUAAAGCAAUUGGUGAUGAAAUCUUUUCCGGUUCAACUUGUAAACAAGGUGAAGCAGAAGCUAUUGUUAUCGGCACUGGACUUAAUACAUUUUUUGGUCGAGCAGCUAAAUUAGUUGGUGGUUCAGGUGAUGAAGUUGGCCAUUUACAAACUAUUCUUGCUCAUAUUGGUAAUUUCUGUAUUGUUGGUAUUGUUAUAUUUAUAGUUGCUGAAAUUCUUGUUAUGUAUGCUGGUUUUCGUUAUGCUUAUCGACGUGGUAUUAAUAAUUUAUUAGUACUUCUUAUCGGUGGUAUACCAAUUGCUAUGCCAACAGUUUUGUCAGUUACAUUAGCUAUUGGUGCUAAACAAUUAUCUGAACAUAAAGCUAUUGUUACACAUAUUACAGCUAUUGAAGAACUUGCUGCUGUAACUAUUUUAUGUUCCGAUAAAACUGGUACAUUAACAUUAAAUAAACUUGUUAUUGAUAAACCAGCUAUAAAGACAUAUUCUGAUGCUGACGGUAAUCAAAUAAUUCAUUUUGCAGCUAUUGCAUCACGUGCAGAAAAUCAAGAUGCUAUUGAUGCUUGUAUAACAGGAACAUUUGGUGAUAUUAAAAAAAUUCGAGCUGGUAUUCAAGAAUUAGAUUUUAAACCAUUCAAUCCUACUGAUAAACGUACUGAAAUUACAUAUAAACUUGAUGAUGAUGGAACUGUACAUCGUAUUAGUAAAGGUAUGUCACAUGCUAUAUUGGAUUUAUGUACACGAGAGAAAACAGCUGAAGUAACAGCACAAUUAAAUGCUGAUGUUGAUGAAUUUGCACGACGAGGUUUACGAGCAUUAGCUGUUGCUGUUGAAGAUGUACCAAGUGGAGAAGUUGAAGGUGAAGGAAAUGGCUUUAAAUUAGUUGGUCUUUUACCUAUCUAUGAUCCACCACGUUCAGAUACAAAAGAAACAAUUGAACGUGCUAUGGAAUUAGGUGUGAAAGUUAAAAUGAUUACUGGUGAUCAAUUGGCUAUUGCUAAAGAAACUGGUCGACGACUUGGCCUCGGUGAUAAUAUGUUUUUAUCAAAAACACUUAAAGAUGGACCACCACCAGAAUCCGGUUAUAAAGAUGUUGAUGAUUUAGUUCUACAUGCUGAUGGUUUUGCUGGUGUUUAUCCUGAACAUAAAUAUGAAAUUGUCGAAAAACUACAAAAUAUGGGUUAUAUGAUUGCUAUGACUGGUGAUGGUGUUAAUGAUGCACCAGCACUUUCAAAAGCAAAUGUUGGUGUAGCUGUUGCUGAUGCAUCCGAUGCUGCACGUUCAGCUGCUGAUAUUGUUUUAACUGAACCUGGUCUAUCAGUUAUUAUUGAAGCUAUUCUUGGUUCACGACAAAUUUUUCAACGUAUGAGAAAUUAUGCUAUUUAUACAUGUUCAAUAACAAUUCGUGUUAUCGUUGGUUUUUCUGUUCUUAUUUUUGCUUUUAAAUUUGAUUUUCCAUCAUUUAUGGUACUUAUCCUUGCUAUACUUAAUGAUGGUACAAUCAUGACUAUAUCAAAAGAUCGUGUUCAACCAUCGCCAUAUCCAAAUAAAUGGAAUUUAUCUGAAAUUUUCACAUAUGCAAUUAUUUACGGAAUUUAUUUAGCUGCAUCAACAGUUGUCUUUUUUGCUGUCAUUGUUAAAACAACAUUCUUUCAAGACAGUUUUCAUGUCGAUUCAUUUUAUAAUUAUCCUCAAAGUCAUGAUCCUCCAGGUUAUAAUGAUCCUAAAUUACAUUCAAUUAUUUAUUUACAAGUAUCAACUAUAAGUCAAGCAUUAAUUUUUGUGACACGUUCACGUAGUUUCUUUUUUAUGGAACGUCCAUCACUAAUCUUAGUAUGUGCAUUUAUUAUUGCACAACUUAUAGCAACAUUUAUUGCUGUUUAUGCAGAUUGGGGUUUUACAGAAAUAAGAGGUUGCGGUUGGGCUUGGGCUGCCAUUGUAUGGGUAUGGAAUGUUAUUUGGUUUUUUCCACUUGAUCUUCUUAAAUUUACUCUUCGUGCUUAUUUUGAUCCAAAACAACAACAAGCUGUUGCUGAAGUAUUACAAAAUGAACCAUCAACAGAAGAACAACAAACUCGUCGUAAAAGUACAAUAGGUGGUGCUGGUGCUGGUGCUCAAGGACGUCGUUCAACUGUGGGUAGUGAAGGUGCACGUUCAAGACGCGAAACACUUUCUCAAGCAACUGCUAAAUAUUAUGCACCGCAUACACAACAUUUAGAAACAUCACAUCAUCAUCGUAAUUUUGCUCGUAUGCUUAAAACCGAUGGUGGAGAAGGAGUAAGAGUUGCAGUUGAUCGUGAUGAACUUCGACGUUUUUCACUUGUACAGGCACAUCAUGCUUCCAAAUUGCUCAAUGGAUCAGAUUCAAAUACGCGUGCAAGAACAACAACUGCUGUGUAA